AUGUCUCUAGCGCUGCGCCACGUGCCAUGGGCCUCCUGGGAGGAGUGGGAGGCGGUGCGGGCGAGCCUGCUGGGACCCGCCGCUACCCGCGAGUCCAUCUCCUUCGGGAUUGACCGGGUGGCAGCAUGGCAGAUCAGGGGCAGGGUUCCAGCCUCUGUGGACGUGACAGCUGGCAUGCUCGCUGUGCAGCUGCAGGACCCAGACCUCUGGCCGCCCAACGCAGUACCUCCGCUCCCCCCAUUCGUGCUCCGCCAAUCAUAUGCUGCCGUCAUUAUAAGCCCUGGCCCACAAUCGCCUGCUGCAACUGCCGGUGCUGCGACUGGCUGUCACUCAGUGAGCAACUAUUGGAGCAGGCAAGCGGCCAUGCUGGCAGCAGGCAGCGAGGAUGCAGAGGGAAAGUUCUCCUCCUUUAGACGACUCACUGUUACCACCAACACCGCAGCUGCCCGUGGGGAAGAGGAGGAUGAGGCGGAGGAGGUGGAGGAGGAAGAAGAUGAUGAGGAAGAGGAGGAGGAUGAGCUAGAAGAAGAGGAAGAAUGGGAGGAGGAAGAGGACGAGUUGGACGAUAUGCGUCUUGAUCUGGGUGGCACAGACCCAUCGCCACACAGGGCCCCAGCUCACGACUCCCCAUCACACGGCAAGUGGUUCCCUCUGCCUCUCCUCGCCCGCUGCGCCACGCGCUGCCUGCACGCCCUCCCGUCGUGUCCCCGCCUGCCACAUGUGCUUGCUGACGUGGCACUCGCGCUUGCCAACCGUAUGAUCCCGAACGAAGGGGAGGGGGGCGACGAGGAGGAGGGGGAGGGUGAGGGGGAGGGGAAGGGUGGAGGUGGAGGAGGUAGGUCCCAUGUAGGUAGAUCUAAUGGUAGGAGGAGCAGAGGAGGGGGUGGGGGGAGCAAAAGGAGCAAAGGGAGAGGGGCGGCGAUGAGCUGGCGCAUUCGGCAGCUAGUGAGGCACGGGCUGAUGGAGUGGUGGGAGGAGAGAGGGGCAGCAGGCUCUGUUGACUCUGCUGGUAACCCUGUUCAUGCGCCUGUUGUGGUAACAUCUGGUGUAGUAACUUCCAGUGCGGUAGGAUGCGGUGGUGUGGUGACAUCCAGUGGUUCGGUAAUGCGGGGCACCUUCCCUUCCACCUGGGGGGCCCAUUCCCAGCGGUUGCGAGAGCUUUUGCUAGCAAGCGGUGAUGUGCUUAUGGCGAGCAGUGCUUUAGAGGGGGGUUAUCUGACCGAAAAUGGAGCGGAAAUGUGGGUUGGAGGUUGGUUGAUGGAUAGUGUGAGCAUGGGUGAGAAUGGCUUGGGACUUGAUGGAGGGAGUGUGAGUGGAAACCAUGGUUUUGAGACAGCUGGGAAAGCAUGGAUUCCAAGUGCAAAACGAGGAGGGGAGUUGGCAGAGAAGCAGCAAGGGGGACGGGGGAAAAGAAGGCGAGGAGGGAAGGUUGGGAGAGCAGGGGCAGCGGAGGGUGAGGGAGGUGAGGGAGCAGAGAGGGAGGCAGUUGGGGCAGGAGGAGGGGGGGGAGAAGGGGGAGAAGGGGGAGAAGGGGGAGAAAAGGGAGAAAAGGAGUGUGAGGAGGAGGGAGCAGAGGUGGAGGAGGUGGAAGGGACAAAUUUCGAGGAAGGGACGGAGAAGCUUCUGAGGGAAAUGGAGAGGGAACUGAGUACAAUCGAGCAAGUGGUUUGGGCGAGUCGCGGCACGGGGCAGGGAGGAGUUGUGGUUGCGAAAAAGGAAAGGGCUGAUACCGGGUCGGACAAUAAGGGGGAUGGUAAAAAGAGAAGGAAGGGAGGCGUGGGAGAGAGGAUAGGCACUGUGAAUGGGAAGAGGAAAGGAGAGACAAGGAAAGAGGAGAGGAGGAAGAGGCAAAAGGGAGGAGGAAUGGGAGGCGCAGGUGGGAGAAGGAGGAAUGUCUCUGAGGAGAACCUUCCAGGAAAGAGGUGGAGGGUUGCGGCUAAUUGGGUGCCCUGUGCUGUGGGCACCAUGCCGUCCCUAGCUGACAGCUCCGGCGUUCGUCCGAACCUGGAGCCGUCGUUCGAGGAUGCGAGGAGGUUCGGCGCAGGCCCGGGCUGGGCGUUUGGUCCUGAUGGAGGUUUGGGUGGGCCAGGUCCGGACGAGAGAGCGUGGGAGAUUGAUGAGGUUAGAGGUGUUAGAGGGGAAGGGGACGAUGCAGAAAUAGAGGAAAAGGGAGGAGAGGUGGGAUCUGGUGCUGCUUUUGGUGCUGGUGGUGCUGGUGCUGGUGAGGAGAUGGGUGCGAUAGCUCGCUUGGAGCAGACUGCAAGUACUGCAUUGUUGGGAAAAGCAGCAGCAUCAGUGGCAGGGGCAAGGAUAUCUGGUGCAGCAAUGCUAACAGGUGCACAAGCGGAGGCAGAGACAGAUGAGAUGGGAGCUGCUGGGGCAAGUGGUGGCCCUGUUGCAGCUUCAGGAUGCGAUUGGGCAGCUUUGAAACAUUCAAUUGCCCUGAUCUGA